CUGGUGGGCGCAACCACACUAGACAAUAGUGCACCCGUCGUAUGCGCCAAUACCCUAGUGACAAUGAUAAUCCAUAAAUAAACCCCUUCUCAGUUCUCACCAUCCUUCACGUCGACUUUUAUUAUUUAUAUAUAAUUAUAUAUUCGGCUUAAUUGAAACGCCAGAAGCUCAUCAUCCUCUUCUCCUACGCUUCGCUUUUAGGCAAGAGUUUCUGCGAGAGAUGGGGGAGGAAUCUGAGUACCGCUGUUUCAUAGGUAACUUGUCAUGGACAAUAUCUGACAGAGAUCUAAAAGAUGAGUUCAGGAAGUUUGGAACUGUUGUUGAGGCAAAGGUUGUCGUUAACAAGAUGGACGGUCGUUCUAAGGGUUUUGGAUUUGUUGCAUUUGAUGAGAAAAAAGCAAUGGAGGAGGCUAUUGAAAAAAUGAAUGGAAUUGAUUUAGAUGGUCGUGCAAUUACUGUUGACAGAGCACAGCCUCAGGGAAGAGGAGGCUAUGAUAAUGAUCGCCCACGUGACCGUGACCGUGGCAGUCGUGAUUAUGGAGGUGACAGGGGAUCGGGUGGGGGAGAUUGCUUUAAGUGUGGCAAACCAGGGCACUUUGCCAGGGAAUGCCCCUCAGGGGGUGGAGGCGGUAGAGGUGGAAGGUAUGGUGGGAGAGAUGACAGGUACGGUGGUGGAAGCAGUGGUAGAAGCAGUGGCAGCCAUGGACCUGACCGCAAUGGAGAUAGGUAUGGCGGCGGCCGCAGCCGGGAUGGUGGAGGAGACCGAUAUAGCCGUGACCGUAGUGGGCCAUAUGAUCGUCGCAGUGGAGGUUCUAGAGCUGAUUAGGUUAGGAGUUGGAAGAGGCGCUGCCGCAAGUGGAUGAAACUGUGACUGCUUGGGAAAAUGACAGUAUUGUUGAUCAUCAAAACUUUUCGACUUGUGAAACAUGAGACUAAUAAUCUACACUUCUCUUGUCCGUAAAUUGUUGGAUAGUAUGGUUCUCUUGGGAUCUUAUGCUUUGCUUACUUUGUACGUUUGAAUGUGGUCUUGGUCUUUGAAUGCUCUAUUUGUGCUGCUGGAUUUGCUAUGAAAUCUCUUGCAUGGAUGACUUAUAAUUUGGCCCUGUACAACCUUCAAGCGUUCUUGUGAAACUGUGCGGUUUUUUGUUCCGUUCUUGAAAAAUCUGAUUCUUAAACAAGUAAAUGGGAGUGAACCUGGCUUACAAUUGGCCCCUUUUUUGGAUAUACAUGAUUGGCUCUUUUGGUAGUUGGGACUUGGGGUACAUUAUUAAACGUAAUAAAAUUGACAAAGCGUUUCGGACAGUGACAACUUCUGAAGUUAAUUCAACAGCAUUAAUAGCUCUCAUAUUUGUUAUUCAAGGACCCUGCUUGAGGAAGAUAGAUCUUUUGUUCCUUUAAUGGUCCAUGUUGUCUAGAUUCUCUUGAAGAGUUUAUUCCAUGUCUGAAUUUGAUCUUUCUUGAAGUUUGUUCUUCAUGCCUGGGUUCAUCCAUUUGGGAAAUAUUUACUUUCUAGGCCAGGUAAUCGUGGAGAAUUAUUUUCACUUGUUUGUUCCUGACUUGACCAAGUAAACAAUCAAGUGCAAAUGUGGUAAUUGCUUUACCCUUGCCACGAGGAAGGUGAUUCUCAUGGAAGAGUGUGGGAGUGGUUUCACCAAAGGGUGGAAAGCACAUGUGAAUACUUUCCAUGGAAAAAGCCAAACAACCCAUUAGUUUGCCAUUCGUUGAUCAUCAUUUCAUAAGUUUGGAUAGGAAGAUGUCUGUGUGCUGCAAUAUUUUUAUAAUUUCAGUUCUUUGGCUGCAGAUUUUCUCAUUCCUCAUGUCUAAUGUUAUACGGAGUAUAAUAAGUUACUUAGAGGUACUGAAAUUUCAUUGCGCAACAUUUUAGUAUAUUUAAUAUUUUAAAUAAAUGAGUAUGUCUUAUACCAAGAUGGCAAGACUUAGUAUAUCAAA